AAACUGAGUCUCAGAGAGGUGAAGUGACUUGCCCAAGAUCACAGCAAUUAUCACUUCUCCCUGGGCUCCCAGGCCCUCCUGCGGCAGCCCCCACCUGGGCCAUGUCUUCCUCAGAUGAAGAGACGCUCAGUGAGCGGUCAUGUCGGAGCGAGCGGUCUUGUCGGAGUGAGCGAUCUUACAGGAGCGAGCGGUCAGGGAGCCUGUCUCCCUGUCCCCCAGGGGACACCUUGCCCUGGAACCUGCCACUGCAUGAGCAGAAAAAGCGGAAAAGCCAGGAUUCGGUGCUGGACCCUGCAGAGCGUGCUGUGGUUAGAGUCGCUGAUGAACGGGACCGGGUUCAGAAGAAAACGUUCACCAAGUGGGUCAACAAGCACUUAAUGAAGGUCCGCAAGCACAUCAAUGAUCUUUAUGAAGAUCUGCGGGAUGGCCAUAACCUGAUCUCUCUGUUGGAGGUCCUCUCAGGCAUCAAACUGCCCCGGGAGAAGGGCAGGAUGCGUUUUCAUAGGCUGCAGAAUGUGCAGAUUGCCCUGGACUUCCUAAAGCAGCGACAGGUGAAACUAGUGAAUAUUCGCAAUGAUGACAUCACAGAUGGCAACCCCAAGUUGACCCUAGGUCUGAUCUGGACCAUUAUUUUGCAUUUCCAGAUCUCUGACAUCUACAUUAGUGGAGAAUCAGGGGAUAUGUCAGCUAAGGAGAAACUACUCCUGUGGACCCAGAAGGUGACAGCUGGUUACACAGGAAUCAAAUGCACCAACUUUUCCUCCUGCUGGAGUGAUGGGAAGAUGUUCAAUGCACUCAUUCACCGAUACCGACCCGAUCUGGUAGACAUGGAGAGGGUACAAAUCCAAAGUAACCGAGAGAAUCUGGAACAGGCUUUUGAAGUGGCAGAAAGACUAGGGGUCACUCGUCUGCUGGAUGCAGAAGAUGUGGAUGUGCCAUCUCCAGAUGAAAAGUCUGUAAUCACUUAUGUGUCUUCAAUUUAUGAUGCCUUCCCUAAAGUCCCCGAGGGUGGAGAAGGGAUCAGUGCUACGGAAGUGGACUCCAGGUGGCAAGAAUACCAAAGCCGAGUGGACUCCCUCAUUCCCUGGAUCAAACAGCAUACAAUACUGAUGUCAGAUAAAACUUUUCCCCAAAACCCUGUUGAACUAAAGGCACUUUAUAACCAAUAUAUACACUUCAAAGAAACAGAAAUUCUGGCGAAGGAGAGAGAAAAAGGAAGAAUUGAGGAAUUAUAUAAAUUACUAGAGGUGUGGAUUGAAUUUGGCCGAAUUAAACUGCCUCAAGGUUAUCACCCUAAUGAUGUGGAAGAAGAGUGGGGAAAGCUCAUCAUAGAGAUGCUGGAGCGAGAGAAAUCACUUCGGCCGGCUGUGGAGAGGCUGGAAUUGCUGCUACAGAUUGCAAACAAAAUUCAGAAUGGUGCUUUGAACUGUGAAGAAAAACUGACACUAGCUAAGAAUACCUUGCAGGCUGAUGCUGCUCAUCUGGAAUCAGGACAACCGGUACAAUGUGAGUCAGAUGUCAUUAUGUACAUUCAGGAGUGUGAAGGUCUCAUCAGGCAGCUGCAGGUGGAUCUCCAGAUCCUGCGGGAUGAGAAUUACUACCAGCUAGAAGAGCUGGCUUUUAGGGUCAUGCGUCUGCAGGAUGAGCUGGUCACCUUGCGCCUAGAGUGUACAAACCUGUACCGGAAGGGCCAUUUCACUUCACUUGAAUUGGUUCCACCCUCUACUUUAACCACUACUCAUCUGAAAGCAGAACCCUUAACCAAGGCACCCUAUUCUUCUUCUACCUCCUGGUUCCGAAAGCCUAUGACUCGGGCUGAACUUGUGGCUAUCAGCUCCUCUGAAGAUGAAGGCAAUCUCCGAUUUGUGUAUGAACUACUGUCUUGGGUAGAAGAGAUGCAGAUGAAACUGGAACGAGCAGAGUGGGGCAAUGACCUGCCUAGUGUGGAGUUGCAGUUAGAAACGCAGCAGCACAUCCAUACCAGUGUAGAAGAGCUGGGCUCAAGUGUCAAGGAGGCCAGGUUGUAUGAGGGAAAGAUGUCCCAGAAUUUCCGUACCAGCUAUGCUGAAACUCUUGGAAAGCUGGAGACACAGUAUUGUAAAUUGAAGGAAACUUCUAGCUUCCGGAUGAGGCACCUUCAGAGCCUACAUAAAUUUGUUUCCAGAGCUACAGCUGAGUUGAUCUGGUUGAAUGAGAAGGAGGAGGAGGAACUAGCAUAUGACUGGAGUGACAACAAUUCCAAUAUCUCAGCCAAGAGAAAUUACUUCUCUGAGUUGACAAUGGAACUGGAGGAGAAACAGGAUGUGUUUCGUUCUCUACAAGAUACAGCAGAACUACUUUCACUUGAGAACCACCCAGCCAAGCAGACAGUGGAGGCUUAUAGUGCUGCUGUCCAGUCCCAGUUGCAGUGGAUGAAGCAGCUGUGCUUGUGUGUUGAGCAGCAUGUGAAAGAGAAUACUGCUUAUUUUCAGUUCUUCAGUGAUGCACGAGAGCUGGAGUCAUUCUUGAGGAACCUCCAAGAUUCCAUUAAACGAAAAUAUUCCUGUGACCACAACACCAGCUUAUCCCGCCUUGAAGACCUGCUCCAGGACUCCAUGGAUGAAAAGGAGCAGCUUAUACAGUCCAAGAGUUCCGUUGCCAGUCUUGUCGGGAGAUCAAAAACCAUUGUUCAGCUAAAACCACGCAGUCCAGACCAUUUGUUAAAGAGCACCAUUUCUGUUAAGGCCAUCUGUGACUAUCGGCAGAUCGAGAUUACUAUUUGCAAAAAUGAUGAAUGUGUGCUAGAAGAUAAUUCUCAGCGGACCAAAUGGAAAGUGAUCAGCCCCACAGGGAAUGAGGCAAUGGUGCCAUCAGUCUGCUUCCUCAUUCCCCCACCCAAUAAGGAUGCCAUUGAGAUGGCCAGCAGGGUCGAACAAUCUUAUCAGAAGGUGAUGGCCCUUUGGCACCAGCUACAUGUUAACACCAAAAGCCUUAUAUCUUGGAACUAUCUGCGUAAAGACCUUGACCUUAUACAGACCUGGAACCUAGAAAAGCUUCGAUCCUCAGCACCAGGGGAGUGUCAUCAGAUUAUGAAGAAUCUUCAGGCCCACUAUGAAGACUUUCUGCAGGAUAGUCGUGACUCUGUGCUGUUCUCAGUGGCUGAUCGCUUGCGCUUGGAAGAGGAAGUGGAAGCUUGUAAAGCCCACUUCCAGCACCUGAUGAAGUCCAUGGAGAAUGAGGACAAAGAGGAGACUGUGGCCAAGAUGUACAUUUCAGAGUUGAAGAACAUCCGGCUACGCCUGGAGGAGUAUGAACAGAGGGUGGUCAAACGAAUUCAGUCUCUAGCCGGCUCUAGGACUGACAGAGAUGCCCGGCAGGACAGUGCAUUAAGGAUUGCAGAGCAAGAACACACCCAGGAGGAUUUACAGCAACUGAGGUCAGACUUGGAUGCAGUUUCUAUGAAAUGUGACAGCUUUCUCCAUCAGUCUCCAUCUAGUUCAAGUGUCCCAACUCUGCGCUCAGAACUGAAUCUUCUGGUGGAGAAGAUGGACCAUGUCUAUGGUCUCUCUACUGUAUAUCUGAAUAAGUUAAAGACAGUUGAUGUUAUAGUACGUAGCAUACAGGAUGCCGAACUCUUGGUCAAAGGUUAUGAGAUUAAGCUGAGUCAAGAAGAAGCAGUACUGGCAGAUCUCUCAGCUCUGGAGGCCCAUCGGUCGACAUUACGGCACUGGUUUAGUGAUGUGAAGGACAAGAAUUCAGUGUUUUCAGUCCUGGAUGAGGAAAUUGACAAGGCCAAGGCAGUGGCAGAGCAGAUGAGUCGUCUGACGCCAGAGCGAAACCUGGAUUUGGAGCGCUAUCAGGAAAAAGGCUCCCAGCUGCAGGAGCGUUGGCACCGAGUCAUUGCCCAACUCGAGAUUCGCCAAUCUGAACUAGAAAGUAUCCAGGAAGUUCUGGGAGAUUACCGAGCCUGCCAUGGAACUCUCAUCAAGUGGAUUGAGGAAACCACUGCCCAGCAGGAAAUGAUGAAGCCAGGCCAGGCAGAGGAUAGCAGAGUGCUUUCGGAGCAGCUCAGCCAGCAGACAGCUUUAUUUGCAGAAAUUGAGAGAAAUCAGACAAAACUGGAUCAAUGUCAAAAAUUUUCCCAGCAGUACUCUACUAUUGUAAAGGACUAUGAAUUGCAACUGAUGACAUACAAGGCCUUUGUGGAAUCGCAGCAGAAAUCCCCUGGCAAGCGCCGUCGCAUGCUUUCCUCUUCAGAUGCCAUCACUCAAGAGUUCAUGGACUUAAGGACUCGCUACACAGCAUUGGUGACUUUAACAACUCAGCACGUGAAAUACAUCAGUGAUGCACUCCGGCGUCUGGAGGAGGAGGAGAAAGUGGUAGAAGAGGAGAAACAAGAACAUGUGGAGAAGGUUAAAGAACUUUUGGGCUGGGUGUCUACCCUAGCGAGGAAUACACAAGGAAAAGCUACCUCAUCCCAGACCAAAGAAUCAACAGACAUUGAAAAAGCUAUUUUGGAACAGCAGGUUCUGGCAGAAGAGCUGACAACAAAGAAAGAACAAGUCUCUGAAGCUAUUAAAACAUCACAGAUCUUCUUGGCCAAGCAUGGUCAUAAGCUCUCAGAAAAAGAGAAGAAACAAAUAUCUGAGCAAUUGAAUGCCCUAAACCAGGCUUACCAUGACCUUUGUGAUGGUUCUGCAAAUCAGCUUCAGCAGCUUCAGAGCCAGUUGGCUCACCAGACAGAACAAAAGACCCUGCAGAAACAACAAAAUACUUGUCACCAGCAACUGGAGGAUCUUUGCAGUUGGGUAGGACAGGCAGAAAGAGCACUGGCAGGCCACCAAGGCAGAACCACCCGGCAGGAUCUCUCUGCUUUGCAGAAGAACCAGAGUGACUUGAAGGAUUUACAGGAUGACAUUCAGAAUCAUGCCACCUCAUUUGCCGCUGUUGUCAAGGAUAUUGAGGGGUUCAUGGAAGAGAAUCAGACCAAGCUGAGCCCACAUGAGUUGACAGCUCUUCGGGAAAAGCUUCAUCAGGCUAAGGAGCAAUAUGAGGCGCUCCGGGAACAGACACGGGUGGCCCAGAAGGAGCUGGAGGAAGCAGUGACCUCUGCCUUACAGCAGGAGACUGAAAAGAGUAAAGCAGCAAAGGAACUGGCAGAGAACAAGAAGAAAAUCGAUGCUCUCCUGGAUUGGGUAACUUCAGUAGGAUCAUCUGGUGGACAGCUGCUGACCAACCUUCCAGGAAUGGAGCAGCUCUCGAGAGCUAGUUUGGAGAAAGGAACCUUGGACACCACUGAUGGUUACAUGGGGGUGAAUCAAGCCCCAGAGAAACUGGACAAGCACUGUGAGAAGAUGAAGGCCCGUCACCAAGAAUUGCUGUCCCAGCAGCAACAUUUCAUUCUGGCCACCCAGUCAGCUCAGGCCUUCCUGGAUCAGCAUGGCCACAAUCUCACACCUGAGGAACAACAGAUGCUGCAAGAAAAGCUGGGAGAGCUAAAGGAGCAAUAUUCUACUUCCCUGGCCCAAUCAGAGGCAGAACUGAAGCAGGUGCAGACACUUCAGGAUGAGUUGCAGAAAUUUCUACAGGAUCAUAGAGAGUUUGAAAGCUGGUUGGAACGAUCUGAGAAAGAGCUGGAGAACAUGCAUAAAGGAGGCAGCAGCCCCGAGGCCCUUCCCUCCCUGCUGAAGCGGCAAGGAAGCUUCUCAGAGGAUGUCAUUUCCCACAAAGGAGACUUGAGAUUUGUGACUAUCUCAGGACAGAAAGUCUUGGACACGGAAAACAGUUUUAAGGAAGGCAAAGAACCAUCAGAAAUUGGAAACUUAGUAAAGGACAAGUUGAAGGAUGCAACAGAAAGGUACACUGCUCUCCACUCAGAGUGUACACGAUUAGGAUCUCACCUGAAUAUGCUGUUAGGCCAGUAUCAUCAAUUCCAAAACAGUGCUGACAGCCUGCAGGCCUGGAUGCAGACUUGUGAGGCCAAUGUGGGGAAGCUCCUCUCAGAUACAGUUGCCUCCGACCCUGGAGUUCUCCAGCAGCAGCUUGCAACAACAAAGCAGUUGCAGGAGGAAUUGGCUGAGCACCAAGUACCUGUGGAAAAACUCCAAAAAGUAGCUCGUGACAUAAUGGAAAUUGAAGGGGAGCCAGCCCCAGACCACAAGCAUGUUCAAGAAACUACAGAUUCCAUACUCAGCCACUUCCAAAGCCUCUCCUAUAGCCUGGCUGAGCGAUCUUCUCUGCUGCAGAAAGCAAUUGCCCAAUCUCAGAGUGUCCAGGAAAGCCUGGAGAGCCUGUCACAGUCUAUUGGGGAAGUUGAACAAAACCUGGAAGGGAAGCAGGUGGCAUCACUCUCAUCAGGAGUCAUCCAGGAAGCCUUAGCCACAAAUAUGAAAUUGAAGCAGGACAUUGCUCGGCAAAAGAGCAGCUUGGAGGCCACCCGUGAGAUGGUGACCCGAUUCAUGGAGACAGCAGACAGUACCACAGCAGCAGUGCUGCAGGGCAAACUGGCAGAGGUGAGCCAGCGGUUCGAACAGCUCUGUUUACAGCAGCAAGAAAAGGAGAGCUCCCUAAAGAAGCUUCUGCCCCAGGCAGAGAUGUUUGAACAUCUCUCUGGUAAGCUGCAGCAAUUCAUGGAAAACAAAAGUCGGAUGCUGGCCUCUGGAAAUCAGCCAGAUCAAGAUAUUACACGUUUCUUCCAACAGAUCCAGGAACUCAAUUUGGAAAUGGAAGACCAACAGGAGAACCUAGAUACUCUUGAGCACCUGGUCACUGAACUGAGCUCUUGUGGCUUUGCACUGGACCUGUCCCAGCAUCAGGACAGGGUACAGAACCUCAGAAAAGACUUCACAGAGCUACAGAAGACAGUUAAAGAGAGAGAGAAAGAUGCAUCAUCUUGCCAGGAACAGUUGGAUGAAUUCCGGAAACUGGUCAGGACCUUCCAGAAAUGGCUGAAAGAAACUGAAGGGAGUAUUCCACCUACAGAAACUUCUAUGAGUGCUAAAGAGUUAGAAAAGCAGAUUGAACACCUGAAGAGUCUACUAGAUGACUGGGCAAGUAAGGGAACUCUGGUGGAAGAAAUCAAUUGCAAAGGUACUCCUUUAGAAAAUCUCAUCAUGGAAAUCACAGCACCUGAUUCCCAAGGCAAGUCAGGUUCCAUACUGCCCUCUGUAGGAAGCUCUGUAGGCAGUGUAAACGGAUACCACACCUGCAAAGAUCUGACGGAGAUCCAGUGUGACAUGUCAGAUGUAAACUUGAAGUAUGAGAAACUGGGUGGAAUACUUCAUGAACGCCAGGAAAGCCUUCAGGCUAUCCUCAACAGAAUGGAGGAGGUUCAGAAGGAGGCAAACUCUGUGCUGCAGUGGCUAGAAUCAAAAGAGGAAGUCCUGAAAUCCAUGGAUGCCAUGUCAUCUCCAACCAAGACAGAAACAGUGAAAGCCCAAGCUGAAUCUAACAAGGCCUUCCUGGCUGAAUUGGAACAGAAUUCUCCAAAAAUUCAAAAAGUAAAGGAAGCCCUGGCCGGAUUACUGGUGACAUAUCCCAACUCACAGGAAGCUGAAAAUUGGAAGAAAAUUGAAGAAGAACUCAAUUCCCGAUGGGAAAGGGCCACUGAGGUAACUGUGGCUCGGCAAAGGCAGCUAGAGGAAUCUGCAGGUCAUCUGGCCAGCUUCCAGGCUGCAGAAUCCCAGCUCCGGCCGUGGAUGAUGGAGAAAGAACUGAUGAUGGGAGUGCUGGGGCCCCUGUCUAUUGACCCCAACAUGUUGAAUGCACAAAAGCAACAGGUCCAGUUUAUGUUAAAGGAAUUUGAAGCACGCAGGCAACAGCAUGAACAACUGAAUGAGGCAGCUCAGGGCAUCCUAACAGGCCCUGGAGAUGUCUCUCUAUCCACCAGCCAAGUACAGAAAGAACUCCAGAGCAUCAAUCAGAAAUGGGUUGAGCUGACUGACAAACUCAACUCCCGUUCCACCCAAAUUGACCAAGCUAUUGUUAAGAGCACCCAGUACCAGGAACUGCUCCAGGACUUAUCAGAGAAAGUGAGGGCAGUUGGACAACGGCUGAGUGGCCAGUCAGCUAUCAGCACCCAACCAGAGGCUGUAAAGCAGCAAUUGGAAGAGACCAGUGAAAUUCGAUCUGACUUGGAGCAGUUAGACCACGAGGUUAAGGAGGCUCAGACACUGUGCGAUGAACUCUCAGUGCUCAUUGGUGAGCAAUACCUCAAGGAUGAACUGAAGAAGCGUUUGGAGACAGUUGCCCUGCCUCUCCAAGGUUUAGAAGACCUUGCAGCCGAUCGCAUGAACAGACUCCAGGCAGCUCUUGCCAGCACCCAGCAGUUCCAGCAAAUGUUUGAUGAGCUGAGGACCUGGUUGGAUGAUAAACAAAGCCAGCAAGCAAAAAACUGCCCCAUUUCUGCAAAAUUGGAGCGGUUACAUUCUCAGCUACAGGAGAAUGAAGAGUUUCAGAAAAGUCUUAAUCAACACAGUGGCUCCUAUGAGGUGAUUGUGGCUGAAGGGGAAUCUCUACUUCUUUCUGUACCUCCUGGAGAAGAGAAAAGGACUCUACAAAACCAGUUGGUUGAGCUCAAAAACCAUUGGGAAGAGCUUAGUAAAAAAACUGCAGACAGACAAUCCAGGCUCAAGGAUUGUAUGCAGAAAGCUCAGAAAUAUCAGUGGCAUGUGGAAGACCUUGUGCCAUGGAUAGAAGAUUGUAAAGCUAAGAUGUCUGAGUUGCGAGUCACUCUGGAUCCAGUGCAGCUAGAGUCCAGUCUCCUGAGAUCAAAGGCUAUGCUGAGUGAGGUGGAGAAGCGCCGCUCCCUGCUGGAAAUAUUGAAUAGUGCUGCUGACAUUCUGAUCAAUUCUUCAGAAGCAGAUGAGGAUGGAAUCCGGGAUGAGAAGGCUGGGAUCAACCAGAACAUGGAUGCUAUCACAGAAGAGCUGCAGGCCAAAACAGGGUCACUCGAAGAAAUGACUCAGAGGCUCAAGGAGUUCCAGGAAAGCUUUAAGAAUAUUGAAAAGAAGGUUGAAGGAGCCAAACACCAACUUGAGAUCUUUGAUGCUCUGGGUUCUCAAGCCUGUAGCAACAAGAACCUGGAGAAGCUAAGAGCUCAACAGGAAGUGCUGCAGGCCCUAGAGCCUCAGGUAGACUAUCUGAGGAACUUUACUCAGGGGCUGGUAGAAGAUGCCCCAGAUGGAUCUGAUGCUUCCCAACUUCUCCAUCAAGCUGAGGUCACCCAGCAAGAGUUCCUCGAAGUUAAGCAAAGAGUGAACAGUGGUUGUGUGAUGAUGGAAAACAAGCUGGAGGGGAUUGGCCAGUUUCACUGCCGGGUACGAGAGAUGUUUUCUCAAUUGGCAGACCUGGAUGAUGAGCUAGAUGGCAUGGGUGCUGUUGGCAGAGACACUGAUAGCCUCCAGUCCCAAAUCGAGGAUGUGCGACUAUUCCUUAACAAAAUUCAGGUCCUCAAAUUAGACAUAGAGGCCUCUGAAGCGGAGUGUCGACAUAUGCUAGAAGAAGAGGGGACUCUGGACUUGUUAGGUCUCAAAAGGGAGCUAGAAGCCCUGAACAAACAGUGUGGCAAACUGACAGAGAGGGGGAAAGCUCGUCAGGAACAGCUGGAACUCACACUAGGCCGUGUAGAGGACUUCUACAGGAAAUUGAAAGGACUCAAUGACGCGACCACAGCAGCAGAGGAGGCAGAGGCCCUCCAGUGGGUAGUGGGGACCGAAGUGGAAAUCAUCAACCAACAAUUAGCAGAUUUUAAAAUGUUUCAGAAAGAACAAGUGGAUCCUCUUCAGAUGAAAUUGCAGCAGGUGAAUGGACUUGGCCAGGGAUUAAUUCAGAGUGCAGGAAAAGACUGUGAUGUGCAGGGUUUAGAACAUGACAUGGAAGAGAUCAAUGCUCGAUGGAAUACAUUGAAUAAAAAGGUCGCACAAAGAAUUGCACAGCUACAGGAGGCCUUGUUGCAUUGUGGGAAGUUUCAAGAUGCCUUGGAGCCAUUGCUCAGCUGGUUGGCAGAUACGGAGGAGCUCAUAGCCAAUCAGAAACCUCCAUCUGCUGAGUAUAAAGUGGUAAAAGCACAGAUCCAAGAACAGAAGUUGCUCCAGCGGCUCCUAGAUGAUCGAAAGGCCACAGUAGACAUGCUUCAAGCAGAAGGAGGCAGAAUAGCCCAGUCAGCAGAGCUGGCUGAUAGAGAGAAAAUCACCGGGCAGCUGAAGAGUCUUGAAAGUAGAUGGACUGAACUACUCAGUAAGGCAGCAGCCAGGCAAAAACAGCUGGAAGACAUCCUGGUUCUGGCCAAACAGUUCCAUGAGACAGCUGAGCCUAUUUCGGACUUCUUAUCUGUCACAGAGAAAAAGCUUGCUAACUCAGAACCUGUUGGCACUCAGACUGCCAAAAUACAGCAGCAGAUCAUUCGGCACAAGGCUCUGGAAGAAGACAUAGAAAACCAUGCAACAGAUGUGCACCAGGCAGUCAAAAUUGGGCAGUCCCUCUCCUCCCUGACAUCUCCUGCAGAACAGGGUGUGCUGUCAGAAAAGAUAGACUCAUUGCAGGCCCGAUACAGUGAAAUUCAAGACCGCUGUUGUCGGAAGGCAGCCCUGCUUGAACAAGCUCUGUCUAAUGCUAGGCUGUUUGGGGAGGAUGAGGUGGAGGUGCUCAACUGGCUGGCUGAGGUUGAGGACAAGCUCAGUUCAGUAUUCGUAAAGGAUUUCAAACAGGAUGUCCUGCACAAACAGCAUGCGGACCACCUGGCUUUAAAUGAAGAAAUUGUUAAUAGAAAGAAGAAUGUAGACCAAGCUAUUAAAAAUGGUCAGGCUCUUCUAAAACAAACCACAGGUGAGGAGGUGUUACUUAUCCAGGAAAAACUAGAUGGAAUAAAGACUCGUUACACAGACAUCACAGUUACUAGCUCCAAGGCCCUCAGAACUUUAGAGCAAGCCCGGCAACUGGCCACCAAGUUCCAGUCUACUUACGAGGAACUGACCGGGUGGCUGAAGGAGGUGGAGGAGGAGCUGGCAGCCAGUGGAGGACAGUCUCCCACAGGGGAGCAGAUACCCCAGUUUCAGCAAAGACAGAAGGAAUUAAAGAAGGAGGUCAUGGAGCACAGGCUGGUGUUGGACACAGUGAAUGAGGUGAGCCGUGCUCUCUUAGAGCUGGUGCCCUGGAGAGCCAGAGAAGGGCUGGAUAAACUUGUGUCCGAUGCUAACGAGCAGUACAAACUAGUCAGUGACACUAUUGGACAAAGGGUGGAUGAAAUUGAUGCUGCUAUUCAGAGAUCACAACAGUAUGAGCAAGCUGCCGAUGCAGAACUAGCUUGGGUUGCUGAAACAAAACGGAAACUGAUGGCUCUGGGUCCAAUUCGCCUGGAACAGGACCAGACCACAGCUCAGCUUCAGGUACAGAAGGCUUUCUCCAUUGACAUUAUUCGACACAAAGAUUCAAUGGAUGAACUCUUCAGUCACCGUAGUGAAAUCUUUGGCACAUGUGGGGAGGAGCAGAAAACUGUAUUACAGGAAAAGACAGAGUCUCUAAUACAGCAAUAUGAAGCCAUUAGCCUACUCAAUUCAGAGCGUUAUGCCCGCCUAGAGCGGGCCCAGGUCUUAGUAAACCAGUUUUGGGAAACUUACGAAGAGCUCAGCCCCUGGAUUGAGGAAACUCGGGCACUAAUAGCACAGUUACCCCCUCCAGCCAUUGAUCAUGAGCAGCUCAGGCAGCAACAAGAGGAAAUGAGGCAAUUAAGGGAAUCUAUUGCUGAACACAAACCUCAUAUUGACAAACUACUAAAGAUAGGCCCACAACUAAAGGAAUUAAACCCCAAGGAAGGGGAAAUGGUGGAAGAAAAAUACCAGAAAGCAGAAAACAUGUAUGCCCAAAUAAAGGAGGAGGUGCGCCAGCGAGCCCUGGCUCUGGAUGAGGCUGUGUCCCAGUCCGCACAGAUUACAGAGUUUCAUGAUAAAAUUGAGCCUAUGUUGGAGACACUGGAGAAUCUUUCCUCUCGCCUACGUAUGCCACCACUGAUCCCUGCUGAAGUAGACAAGAUCAGAGAGUGCAUCAGUGACAAUAAGAGUGCCACCGUGGAGCUAGAAAAACUGCAGCCAUCCUUUGAGGCCUUGAAGCGCCGUGGAGAGGAGCUCAUUGGACGAUCUCAGGGAGCAGACAAGGAUCUGGCUGCAAAAGAAAUCCAGGAUAAAUUGGAUCAAAUGGUAUUCUUCUGGGAGGACAUCAAAGCUCGGGCUGAAGAGCGAGAAAUCAAAUUUCUUGAUGUCCUUGAAUUAGCGGAGAAGUUCUGGUAUGACAUGGCAGCUCUCCUGACCACCAUCAAAGACACCCAGGAUAUUGUCCAUGACUUGGAAAGCCCAGGCAUUGAUCCUUCCAUCAUCAAACAACAGGUUGAAGCUGCUGAGACUAUUAAGGAAGAGACAGAUGGUCUGCAUGAGGAGCUGGAGUUUAUUCGGAUCCUUGGAGCAGAUUUGAUUUUUGCCUGUGGAGAAACUGAGAAGCCUGAAGUGAGGAAGAGCAUUGAUGAGAUGAAUAAUGCUUGGGAGAACUUAAACAAAACAUGGAAAGAGAGGCUAGAAAAACUUGAGGAUGCUAUGCAAGCUGCUGUGCAGUAUCAGGACACUCUUCAGUCUAUGUUUGACUGGCUAGAUAACACUGUGAUUAAACUCUGCACCAUGCCCCCUGUUGGCACGGACCUCAAUACUGUUAAAGAUCAGUUAAAUGAAAUGAAGGAGUUCAAAGUCGAAGUUUACCAGCAGCAAAUUGAGAUGGAGAAGCUUAAUCACCAGGGUGAACUGAUGUUAAAGAAAGCUACUGAUGAGACAGACAGAGACAUUAUACGAGAACCACUGACAGAACUCAAACACCUCUGGGAGAACCUGGGUGAGAAAAUUGCCCACCGACAGCACAAACUAGAAGGUGCUCUGUUGGCCCUUGGUCAGUUCCAACAUGCCUUAGAGGAACUAAUGAGUUGGCUGACUCAUACUGAAGAGUUGUUAGAUGCUCAGAGACCAAUAAGUGGAGACCCAAAAGUCAUUGAAGUUGAGCUCGCAAAACACCAUGUCCUAAAAAAUGAUGUUUUGGCUCAUCAAGCCACAGUGGAAACAGUCAACAAAGCUGGCAAUGAGCUUCUUGAAUCCAGUGCUGGAGAUGAUGCCAGCAGCUUAAGGAGCCGUUUGGAAACCAUGAACCAAUGCUGGGAGUCAGUGUUACAGAAAACAGAGGAGAGGGAGCAGCAGCUUCAGUCAACUCUGCAGCAGGCCCAGGGCUUCCACAGUGAAAUUGAAGAUUUCCUCUUGGAACUUACUAGAAUGGAGAGCCAGCUUUCUGCAUCUAAGCCCACAGGAGGACUUCCUGAAACUGCUAGGGAACAGCUUGAUACACAUAUGGAACUCUAUUCCCAGCUGAAAGCCAGGGAAGAGACUUAUAAUCAACUACUUGACAAGGGCAGACUCAUGCUUCUAAGCCGUGACGACUCUGGGUCUGGCUCCAAGACAGAACAGAGUGUAGCACUUUUGGAGCAGAAGUGGCAUGCGGUCAGCAGUAAGAUGGAAGAAAGAAAGUCAAAGCUGGAAGAGGCCCUCAACUUGGCAACAGAAUUCCAGAAUUCCCUACAAGAAUUUAUCAACUGGCUCACUCUAGCAGAGCAGAGUUUAAACAUCGCUUCUCCACCAAGCCUGAUUCUAAAUACUGUCCUUUCCCAGAUAGAAGAGCACAAGGUUUUUGCUAAUGAAGUAAAUGCUCAUCGAGACCAGAUCAUUGAGCUGGAUCAAACUGGGAAUCAAUUAAAGUUCCUUAGCCAAAAACAGGAUGUUGUUCUGAUCAAGAAUUUGUUGGUUAGCGUGCAGUCUCGAUGGGAGAAGGUUGUCCAGCGAUCUAUUGAAAGAGGGCGAUCGCUAGAUGAUGCCAGGAAGCGGGCAAAACAAUUCCAUGAAGCUUGGAAAAAACUGAUUGACUGGCUAGAAGAUGCCGAGAGUCACCUGGACUCAGAACUAGAGAUAUCCAAUGACCCAGACAAAAUUAAACUUCAGCUUUCUAAGCAUAAGGAGUUUCAGAAAACUCUUGGUGGCAAGCAGCCUGUGUAUGAUACCACAAUUAGAACUGGCAGAGCACUGAAAGAAAAGACUUUGCUUCCCGAAGAUACUCAGAAACUUGACAAUUUCCUAGGAGAAGUCAGAGACAAAUGGGAUACUGUUUGUGGCAAGUCUGUGGAGCGGCAGCACAAGUUGGAGGAAGCCCUGCUCUUUUCGGGUCAGUUCAUGGAUGCUUUGCAGGCCUUGGUUGACUGGUUAUACAAGGUGGAGCCACAGCUGGCUGAGGACCAACCCGUGCACGGGGACCUCGACCUCGUCAUGAACCUCAUGGAUGCACACAAGGUUUUCCAGAAGGAACUGGGAAAGCGAACAGGAACCGUUCAGGUCCUGAAGCGGUCAGGCCGUGAGCUGAUUGAGAAUAGUCGAGAUGACACCACUUGGGUAAAAGGGCAGCUCCAGGAACUGAGCACUCGCUGGGACACUGUCUGUAAACUCUCUGUUUCCAAACAAAGCCGGCUUGAGCAGGCCUUGAAACAGGCGGAAGUGUUUCGGGACACAGUUCACAUGCUGUUGGAGUGGCUUUCUGAAGCAGAGCAAACGCUUCGCUUUCGGGGAGCACUUCCUGAUGACACAGAGGCCCUGCAGUCUCUCAUUGACACCCAUAAGGAAUUCAUGAAGAAAGUAGAAGAAAAGCGAGUGGACGUUAACUCAGCAGUAGCCAUGGGAGAAGUCAUCCUGGCUGUCUGCCACCCCGAUUGCAUCACAACCAUCAAACACUGGAUCACCAUCAUCCGAGCUCGCUUUGAGGAGGUCCUGACAUGGGCUAAGCAGCACCAGCAGCGUCUUGAAACGGCCUUGUCAGAACUGGUGGCUAAUGCUGAGCUCCUGGAAGAACUUCUGGCGUGGAUCCAGUGGGCUGAGACCACCCUCAUUCAGCGGGAUCAGGAGCCAAUCCCGCAGAACAUUGACCGAGUUAAAGCCCUUAUCGCUGAGCAUCAGACGUUUAUGGAGGAGAUGACUCGCAAACAGCCUGAUGUGGACCGGGUCACCAAGACAUACAAAAGGAAAAAUAUAGAGCCUACUCACGCGCCUUUCAUAGAGAAAUCCCGCAGCGGAGGCAGGAAAUCCUUAAGUCAGCCGACCCCUCCUCCCAUGCCAAUCCUUUCACAAUCUGAAGCAAAAAACCCACGGAUCAACCAGCUUUCUGCCCGCUGGCAGCAGGUGUGGCUCUUAGCACUGGAGCGGCAAAGGAAGCUGAACGACGCCUUGGAUCGGCUGGAGGAGUUGAAGGAAUUUGCCAACUUUGACUUUGAUGUCUGGAGGAAAAAGUAUAUGCGUUGGAUGAAUCACAAAAAGUCUCGAGUGAUGGAUUUCUUCCGGCGCAUUGAUAAGGACCAGGAUGGGAAGAUAACACGUCAGGAGUUUAUCGAUGGCAUUUUAGCAUCCAAGUUCCCCACCACCAAGUUAGAAAUGACUGCUGUGGCUGACAUUUUUGACCGAGAUGGGGAUGGUUACAUUGAUUAUUAUGAAUUUGUGGCUGCUCUUCAUCCCAACAAGGAUGCGUAUCGACCAACAACCGAUGCAGAUAAAAUUGAAGAUGAGGUUACAAGACAAGUGGCUCAGUGCAAAUGUGCAAAAAGGUUUCAGGUGGAGCAGAUCGGAGAGAAUAAAUACCGGUUUGGGGAUUCUCAGCAGUUGCGGCUGGUCCGUAUUCUGCGCAGCACCGUGAUGGUCCGCGUUGGUGGAGGAUGGAUGGCCUUGGAUGAAUUUUUAGUGAAAAAUGAUCCCUGCCGAGCACGAGGUAGAACUAACAUUGAACUUAGAGAGAAAUUCAUCCUACCAGAGGGGGCAUCCCAGGGAAUGACCCCCUUCCGCUCACGGGGUCGAAGGUCCAAACCAUCUUCCCGGGCAGCUUCCCCUACUCGUUCCAGCUCCAGUGCUAGUCAGAGUAACCACAGCUGUACAUCCAUGCCAUCUUCUCCAGCCACCCCAGCCAGUGGAACCAAGGUUAUCUCAUCAUCAGGUAGCAAGUUGAAACGACCAACACCAACUUUUCAUUCUAGUCGGACAUCCCUUGCUGGUGAUACCAGCAAUAGUUCUUCCCCGGCCUCCACAGGUGCCAAAACUAACCGGGCAGACCCUAAAAAGUCAGCCAGUCGCCCUGGGAGUCGGGCUGGGAGUCGAGCUGGGAGUCGAGCCAGCAGCCGGCGAGGAAGCGAUGCCUCUGACUUUGACCUCUUAGAGACACAGUCUGCUUGUUCCGACACUUCAGAAAGCAGCGCUGCAGGGGGCCAAGGCAACUCCAGGAGAGGGCUAAACAAACCUUCCAAAAUCCCAACUAUGUCUAAGAAGACCACCACUGCCUCCCCCAGGACUCCAGGUCCCAAGCGAUAACACUGUCCAAGCACCCCCAAGCCACUCUCCACUUUGAAUCCUGCUCCGUACAUUGGGUGUAUAUUUAUUCUGAACGGGAGAAGUUAUAUUGUUAAAAGUGUAAAAGAAUACUUGUGUUAUGAAGCUGCCUUAUUUUUUUUUCUUUUUGUAAGUUACUAUUUUCAUGUGAAUAUUUAUGUAGAUAAAAUUUGCCUCCUGGUAACCCUGUAAUGGAUGGGGCCCAGAAAUGAAAUAUUUGAGAAAAACAAGUGAAAAGGUCAAGAUACAAAUGUGUAUUUAAAAAAAAAAAAAAAAAAAAAAGCCUAUUAAUAGGGUUUCUGCGCGGUGCAGGGUUGUAAACCUGCUUUAUCUUUUAGGAUUAUUCCUAAAUGCAUCUUCUUUAUAAACUUGACUUGCUAUCUCAGCAAGAUAAAUUAUAUUAAAAAAAAAUAAGAAUCCUGCAGUGUUUAAGGAACUCUUUUUUUGUAAAUCAUAGACACCUCAAUUAGCAAGAACUGAGGGGAGGGCACUUAUUACUGCUUUUUCCAUUGUUUAAUGUUUUGUGAUUUUUAGCUAAAGAGAGGGAACCUCAUCUAAGUAACAUUUGCACAUGAUACAGCAAAAGGAGUUCAUUGCAAUACUGUCUUUGGAUAUUGUUUCAGUACUGGGUGUUUAAAGGACAAAUGGCUGCUAGAAUUCAGGGGUAAAUGUACAUGUUCAGAAAACGUCAGAACAUUUGGGGUUUUAAACUUGAUUUGUUGCUCCCUACCAGCCUAGACACCGAUAACUCUUGUGUUCACCAGGACCCAGACCCUUGGCAAGGGAUAGGCUUGUUGGUGACAUUGUGAAUUUCAAAUUUGUUUUAUCCACUCUUUUUGCUAUUUAUUUAAAUGGUCGAUCAACUUCCCACAAACUGAGGAAUGAAUUCCACGAGCCUGUUCUGAAAAUGUGGACGUAAGACAAACACGUGCUCGUCCUUUAAUGGAGUUCACCAGCACACUUGUUAACCAGUCCCGUUUGCUUUCGUCUUUUUUUGUGCGUAAUAAAGUCAACUGACCAAGUGACCACGAAGAGGGGCUGUCUGGGGCUCCUGUUUUUUAGCUGCUGUUCUUCAGCUCCGACCAUGUUGCUGUGUGAUUAUCUCAAUUGGUUUUAAUUGAGGCAGAAACUGAAGCUCUACCAAUGAACUGUUUAAAAACAAGACACACUUUUGUAUUAAAAUUGCUUGCAGUAACAAA